CGCCCCCGGCCGCUGCCCCGCCAGGAAGAGCGGCUCCCGCCGGCCCGCAGAGCAGAACUGGGCUGUCCCCGGGCGUAGGCACCAUGUGCGGCAUCUUUGCUUACUUAAACUACCAUGUUCCCCGGACCAGACGGGAGAUCCUGGAGACCCUUAUCAAAGGGCUUCAGAGACUGGAGUACAGAGGAUAUGAUUCUGCAGGUGUGGGAAUCGAUGGAGGAAAUGACAAAGACUGGGAGACUAAUGCUGGCAAAAUCCAAUUAAUCAAAAAAAAGGGGAAAGUGAAGGCUCUGGAUGAAGAGAUUAACAAACAACAGGAUAUGGACCUGGACAUCGAGUUUGAUGUACAUCUUGGCAUCGCACAUACCCGAUGGGCUACCCAUGGUGAGCCCAGUCCCGUCAAUAGCCACCCACACCGCUCAGAUAAAAAUAAUGAAUUUAUUGUUAUCCACAAUGGCAUUAUAACCAACUACAAAGAUCUGAGAAAAUUUUUGGAAAGCAAAGGGUAUGAUUUUGAGUCUGAGACCGACACAGAAACCAUUGCCAAGCUUGUCAAGUACAUGUAUGACAACCGCGAAAGUGAUGACAUUAGCUUCACCACCCUGGUGGAGAGGGUUAUCCAGCAACUGGAAGGUGCUUUUGCCCUUGUGUUUAAAAGUGUCCAUUACCAUGGUCAAGCAGUUGGCACCAGACGAGGAAGUCCCCUGCUGAUUGGAGUUCGAAGUGAACACAAGCUCUCCACUGACCACAUUCCAAUACUGUACAGAACAGCUAUGCAGUCUAUGGAUCAUUCUGUUGGUGGAAUAUCCAUAGAAGUGGAGAAAGGUAAAGACAAGAAAGGAAGCUGCAGCCUCUCCCGUAUCGACAGCACCACCUGUCUUUUCCCUGUUGAAGAGAAAGCUGUGGAGUACUAUUUUGCUUCUGAUGCGAGUGCUGUCAUUGAGCAUACCAACAGAGUGAUUUUCCUUGAAGAUGAUGACGUAGCAGCUGUGGUGGACGGUCGUCUUUCUAUCCACCGGAUCAAACGCACAGCGGGCGACCACCCUGGGCGUGCAGUCCAGACUCUGCAAAUGGAACUUCAGCAGAUCAUGAAGGGUAACUUCAGUUCAUUUAUGCAGAAGGAAAUUUUUGAGCAACCAGAAUCUGUUGUUAACACAAUGAGAGGAAGAGUCAACUUUGAUGACUACACUGUGAAUCUAGGUGGGUUGAAGGAUCACAUCAAGGAGAUUCAGCGGUGUCGGCGUUUAAUCCUGAUUGCUUGUGGGACAAGCUACCAUGCUGGAGUUGCGACACGUCAAGUGCUAGAAGAAUUGACUGAAUUGCCUGUUAUGGUUGAACUAGCCAGUGACUUUUUGGACAGAAACACUCCAGUCUUCAGAGAUGACGUCUGCUUUUUUAUCAGCCAGUCAGGCGAGACAGCAGAUACUUUGAUGGGUCUUCGAUACUGUAAGGAAAGGGGAGCCCUCACUGUAGGAAUAACUAAUACUGUGGGCAGUUCCAUAUCCAGGGAGACAGACUGCGGUGUCCAUAUCAACGCAGGACCAGAGAUUGGUGUGGCCAGCACAAAGGCCUACACUAGCCAGUUUGUUUCUCUGGUGAUGUUUGCCCUCAUGAUGUGUGAUGAUAGGAUUUCUAUGCAAGAAAGACGCAAAGAAAUCAUGCGGGGGCUGAAGGUCCUACCAGACUUGAUUAAGGAAGUGCUAAGCAUGGAUGAUGAGAUCCAGAAACUGGCAACAGAGCUUUACCAUCAGAAGUCCGUCUUGAUUAUGGGACGUGGAUAUCACUACGCUACAUGUCUUGAGGGAGCUUUGAAAAUAAAAGAAAUCACAUACAUGCACUCGGAAGGCAUAAUGGCGGGUGAGCUGAAGCAUGGUCCCCUCGCCCUGGUAGACAAAUUGAUGCCUGUUAUCAUGAUCAUCAUGAGGGACCAUACGUAUGCCAAGUGCCAGAAUGCUCUCCAACAGGUUAUAGCGCGGCAGGGGCGACCAGUAGUGAUUUGUGAUAAGGAAGACACAGAGACAAUUAAUAAUAAUAAGAGGACAAUCAAAGUUCCUCAUUCCGUGGACUGUCUGCAAGGAAUCUUGAGUGUCAUCCCUUUACAGCUUCUGGCUUUCCAUCUUGCUGUUCUCAGAGGAUAUGAUGUUGAUUUCCCAAGAAAUCUGGCCAAAUCUGUAACUGUAGAGUAAAAGUGCAUCUGAAUCUUAGGGGUAUGGGGAAGUCAAUGGAGAGACUUUUUGGGUACCAAAAUACCUUGAUUUUAAAGUCCCCUAGAUCAAAUAAUCUUUUGCUAAAUCUUUGUGUAUGAAAUCACCAUAAUUGUUACAUUAGUGAUUGUCAAAUUAACUCCAUAUGCCAUGUCAAUAGCUUUGUUUUGUUGAAAGGUGUUCAUUAAGAGACUUGGUAAUCUUUUAAAAGAAGCAGUUGGUGGGGCUCUUUAAUAUAAUGAGAUAAUUUAGGUAUAAAAUGAACCUCAGUGAGAUAAUGCAAUUGACUAACGUAUCUGUAGUGUCUCUGCUAGUGAAGGUACGUGCCAAUGUCCGACACUGAAAUCAGAGCUGUAAUAGGCCGUGAAUGGUUUAGAAGAGAUUAUGUAAACUGGGCACAAUUUGACCUAAAGGGAAAUCUAGUGACUAAUCAGAAUCUCUCCUUUUAUGUAAUUUGGUUAGCAUGCCUAAAAUUAGCCUCCGAAAGGAUCUGGUCUAUGCCAAAUGCCUAGCAACUGACAAUCCUGCAGAGGCUGGGCCAAAAUCUGCUGUUAAGACAACAUAGUUGUUGCAGCUCAUUCAAAGUGAGAGCAGCAUCUGACCCAAAAUAGAAGGAACACUGGCAAAGUUCAAAGCCCAGCAUUUAAUAUUUGCAAACAAUAUCAUCCCCUUGUUGUUGGGGGGAGAAGGAGAAAUCUAGUGCUGCUGCUGUUAUACAAGAAACUUGCUCUAUGUUCCACAGCAUCCUUGUAUAUUUCACAAGCCUCCCUGCUUACUCCAUUCUAUGUGUCCUCAUGAAUGGAGGGAAUGGCACUGCACGUGACAGUGUCCAUCCAAGGAUAUUGACUGUGGGCCAGGAGAGUUGCCGGGAACAAAUGCAUGGCUUUCAUUUCUGCAGCUCAGGCUGCUGUUACUUAGUGUGAGUGACAGCAAAUAGUUUCAGUGGCAUAUAUGAUUUGGGUUUGAGAAUUGGGUUAGACCAGGAAAAUUAACAAAGCUUCUUGCACAAGACUACAAACAAUAUUUUAAGUAGCUUGCAGAAGAUGUUAAACAGCAAAGGUACCUUGAACUUCAACAAAAGUCUCACAUUGCAAAAGGAUGAAUUUCAUAUGGUCAGUGGUGGGUUUGAAGUAAACAGCCAGAGUUAAGAACUGUGUAGGAUGUAAAGUGAAGUCUGGAGCUUAUUAAUGAAACAUGAAGGUCACUCUGCAACAUUUAGGGACUUUUUUCUUCACAAAUGUAAUAUUUUGACCUUUGUAGAAGUCUGCUUUACCAGAGAGACCGUCCAACACUAGGGUAAGAACUUGGCUCUCUGAGUGAGUAUGCUGUAGUCGAGUGCUGAAUUGCAUAAUCCAGGUUAACUCAGACAAUUGCUCACACAGGUUCAAAGAACUGUGGCAAUGCCAUCUGUCAUUCUUAAAAAAGUGAUAUUAACUGAAGUAAAUAAUUUAAACUUCCUGAAUUUUUGUAUCUUAUUCAUAGACCUGUUCACUGCUUAGUUUUACCAUCUUAGCAAGAACUGGAAGCAUAUGUUCAACUAAACCAAUAAUGACUUGAACUUGAUUUUUCUUUAAAAUGACAAACUUGAGUACAGUUACUAAUGCGUUGUAUGCAGGCCAUGAUUUGUGCUGAGCUAUUAAUUUGUAUUUGGGAAUGAAGUAAUAAAUAUAGCAAUUUAA